UUGAAUUGUGUCAGUCGUGUAGUUGUGUCAAUGUGUGCGGUGUCUCACUCUGUUCUCCAUUGUUCACUGUGGUCCACAGAACGAUUCACUCCAGCCAGCGUUGGCUGAGGCCGUGACGGAGUGGUUGGUGGUGAGGGUUUUCAACCUUUCCGGCGCAAUGCCGGACAGUGUGAAAUACAACAUCAAGUACUUAUUUGCAAAUUUAGAUGCUUCAACAAUCUUAGAAGACCUACUAGAGAGUGAUGUUCUGGACGGAGAGGAAUAUAUUGGCGCACCUGCCAAGGAGGAGAAGUUGAAGUUGGCAGAGUAUGUGGUGAGGCUGAUGCUGAAGAAAACGGAGGAACAGGUGGAUACGUUCCUGAGGCUCGUUCAACACAGCCAGCCUCAUGUAGCGGAACACGUCGCCAGCACCAUGGCUAAGCGACGCGGUGCAACUGCCAGUGGGAAAACUGAGCAUCCGGCGAAGCCAAUGUCGGCAGAUCGUGAGUCACCACUUGGCUCGUCCUCUGACAAUCCGUUUGACCUGACAAGGUUUGUGUGUGACUUUCAACAAUGGUUGAACAAAGUUGACGCAGAUCGACUGCGACGGAUGGUGAUCAAGAAACAUCUCAUAACUGACAGCGCAUCAAUAGAGAGACUAAAGAUAAUUCGGUCCCGGGAUGGACUAUCUGAUCAUAAUGAGGCGCUCAUCCAGUUGCUCAGAGCUGGUGGCCUAAAGACUUAUCGUGAUCUCUGUGUUGUCAUUGAGGAACUUGGUUAUGCGGACAAGAGCAAGGAAAUGCUCUCCAUUUUGUCCCACACAGGUACCACCAUGACAACAGUUGGCCAACAGAAAACGCAGCCAUCACAGCACCCGGUGGAAGAUGGCCAGGCCGACCAGCAACGGACCUCCAGCAGACGUGAGCCAGUUUUCAAACAACCAACAUCAGCUGUAACUAGAACUGAUGCGACUAGUAUGGGUACAACAACCAACACAGCAUUGACUACAACGCAGGAUUCAACAAGAUCAGCAACGUCAAGCCAGUCAUCUCUACCGGACAAAGACCGACACUUCACUGGCAGGAAUGAGAUUGUUACAGAGAUUAGUGACAAAAUUCUCACAACAAAGUCCACAUCAUCAUCUACACGUGUGCAGAGUCUUCUGGCACCAGCUGGUUUUGGUAAGACGUCCGUAGCCAUUACUGUUGGACAUGUAUGUCGCAAUGCUGGUUGUCGUGUGGAGUUCUUUGACUUACGCGGUGUAGCUGGUGUUGACGCUGUCCAGGCAAUGAUUCAAAACCGACUCGAAACAAACCCGGCUUCACCUGAAACUGCUGGCAAGACAAAACAAACAACUGAUGGCAUGGAUGAGGAUGGUGGCAAGCACCGCAUGCUAUGUAUUCUGGAUAAUGCCGAGGAUGCUAUCCAGGCUGGUGCUGAUAAAGAUUUCCAACUACAAGAUGUUGUGGAACGACUACUUCGACUACAACACAACGUUCAUGUUCUACUGACAAGUCGUGUUUACUUUGAUCUACACGCUGCCCAGUUUAAACUACAACAACACCGUCUUGAUGGUCUGACAAAGGUUUGCGCUGUUGGACUUCUCCAUGGUCUAUGUGUUGAAGGUAGUGUGAGCAUUGAAGAUGCACAGAGGUUAGUGGAUCAUUGUGGAAAUGUUCCACUUGCUGUACGCAUUACAGCUGGUCUUCUACAAGGGGGUCGAUUAACUCCCACCAGGCUGCUAUCGUUGUUCAAGAAGGUUGGUCUUGAUGUGUUCAACGAUGAUGGUCUGAAACCGAAUGAUCGAAUUCUGCAGCUGUUGAAAAUAGCAUACAACACAUUACGUCAGGAUGAUAAGGCAUCAUUCCAUGCUCUCUCUCAACUGCGCUCUUCCUUCUCAUCUAAGUGCGCUUGUGUGAUGGUGGAUUGUGUAGGUGAUGAUGUUGAUGUGGUUCAUCUUGAAAGUUUUGAUCCUUUGAUCAAGAUUUGUUUCCUGGAUUACAAUUCGCAUUCGGAUCGCUACUCGUUGCAACCACUCAUCGCCGAGUUUGGUCGUUACCAAUGCCCUGAAGACAAGCAAUGUAUGUAUCAACGGCGACUGUGCAAGCAUUUUCUUGGCUUUGUGAAGGAAGUUGAUGACUGUAGAGGUUGUGGUGCAGACAAAGCAGUGUAUUGGAGUUACCAAUUGCUUCAGGAACAGGUGAAUAUACAGAUGGCGUUGUCUGUUGUUGAUGUUUUGUCUGGCGAUGACUUGCUUCCUUUCUCUGGAUUAGCAGGGUGGUCGGGUAUCCUACUUGCCUUGUUUGGGAGAGCAAUGUUUGUUGAAGAGUUUGUGGACAGGAUACAAAGAUUGGACAAAGCACCGCUAUCUGUACAAGCUGACAGCAUUUGCACCUCGGUCCUGUGUUGUAUUUGCCGUCAAAGCAUUGCAGAUUCUGAUGUCACUUUUGAGAGUUUGGAUUCCAGAACCCAAAUGCUCCUGGAGAAAUCUGAACAAGAACCGACAGGAGUGGGGUCACCGCUGCAGCUACCUUUGAUGCAACUUUCUCUGGAGACAAGCUGA